AUGAGUGAGGAAGAUUCAUCCAUCCCACAGAUGGAGGCGGCAGUGGCAGUGGCAGGGGCAGGUGAAACGGUUCAGGAGAGGCCAAGCUGGUUGCCGGAGGAUUGGAAGUUUAAAUCGGUAGUUCGUAUGGGUGGUGCUACUGCUGGAGUUACUGACCAUUACUAUUAUGAACCACUCUCUGGAAAAAGAUUUCGAUCCAAAAUUGCUGUGCUUGAUUUCUUGAGUAAGAAGGCUGAUUCUGAGACCCCAAAAGGAAGAAAUAAGGAAGUUGAAACUACUUUUUUCUUUGAUUCUGUGAAUCCCCCAGAAAGUGUGUGCUGGACUCUGACGGACAGUAAUGAAGAUACUUGGAUACCUUCUAUUAAUGGCGACAUGAUUUCUGAGAUGGAAAAACAACAAUGGGAUGUUGUCUUUUCAAGUGUAUCAAAGCUUGAGAUAAGCAACACAAAAAAUGAUCAGAAAUAG